AUCCACACACACACACACAGUGAAUCGGAAAAUGUUGUCGUCGAUACUACCUGUGAGUUCAAAUCUCACACUGCCUUUCCUCCAAAAGCCCCAAUUCCUCGCAGUUUCCUACAGGCCCUUCUCCAAAUCACACACAUGCUUCUCAUUUUCGCCGUCAGACCAGAAUCCGAUCGGGGAGGAGGCGCGGUGGCUGAGGGAGGAGCAGCGGUGGUUGAGGGAGGAGCAGCGCUGGCUGAGGGAGGAGUCCCGAUGGAACGCCGAACGCCAAAUUCUGUUGCAAGAGAUUCAGCGCCUCAAUUCUCUUCAGGGUUUACCUGUUUCUGAAACUGUUGCAACUAUUGCUAAAUUGAUGCAGGUUCUGAAGGAGGGCGAUUCUGCAAAGAGCGUAAAUAGAAUAGCCGAUAGUGGGACGAGUGCUGUGCCUUUGCCACUAAUGUUCGAGUCAGCUAAAAUGGAAGAGGAAGAAGUUGUUGUAAAGGAAGUAAUCAAUAUUCCGGAUAAAAAAAAAAUAGUAAAAAAAAGGGCAACUUUGAGAGUAGGAUCGGAAGGAGACGAAGUACGCGAAUUGCAGGACGCUCUGCAGAAACUCGGGUUUUACUCUGGUGAAGAGGAUGUAGAAUUUUCUAGCUUCGCUAGCGGAACUGCUCGUGCCGUAAAAACCUGGCAAGCAUCAGUAGGAGUACCGGAAGAUGGCACUAUGACUGCCCAACUUUUGGAGAUGUUAUUCGGAAAUUCUGGCACCGAAGAAUACGAGUCAACUGAUCCGGAGAAGAGUGCAAAUGGAGCCCCAUUUACGGCUUCUGUUACAGAGGUAUCAGAAGUUAAGCCGAGUGUUGUAGGAGAAUACGUGUCUGAUAACAGAGUAUUUCUGCUCGGAGAAAAUAGAUGGGAAGAUCCUUCGAGGCUUUCCGGAAGUAGCCAAAACACUACAAACAAGAGUAAAAGUGGAAAUGCUAAAAACAAUUGCCUUUCUUGUCGUGGAGAAGGCCGUUUAUUAUGCAUGGAAUGCGAUGGAACUGGGGAGCCGAACAUUGAGGAACAGUUUAUGGAGUGGGUAGAUGAAGGCGCAAAGUGUCCGUACUGUAUCGGUCUUGGAUUCGUAGCAUGCGAUCUCUGUGGGGUGAAAACAUGAACCAACGCUAAAAACGUAUAUAUACACAUCUUUGAUUUGUGAAUAUACGAAUAUUCAAAUAGAUUUUAAUGUUAUUACAAAUGGUUAAUUAACAUAUAUUCUUGUCUGUGUAAUGUGAUCUUACAAACGAUGAAAGCUCAACACUGGAAAGCUUCGAGAAACAAUCUCCCUAACAA